GAUUAUAAUUUAUUUACUUCCAGCUAAUGGAAUGAUGCUAGUGUUCAGGGACAAACCAAAUGCUAAGCGAGUAGUGAAAGGAUUAGUUUUAAUUCCCCAAAAGCAACCCUUUUUAAUCACAACAAUUUCUUUCAUAUUCCCAGGUGGAGAAUGGCGAUCAACUGGAGACCAUAACCAUGUCACCGGGAAUGCAUCAAAUGAUGAUCCAAGGCGGUCCCGGUCAGGAGCCGCAGCUAGUGCAGGUGGUUAGCCUGAAGGAUGCCACGCUCCUGAGCAAGGCCAUGGAGGCCAUUAAUUCCGGGAAUGUCAAGACCGAGGAUACGAUUAUAAUGGAACAAUAGCUGGAGCCCAUAGACGGCAUGAUCUCGCCGGGACUGAGCGAGUGAAAUGGCUGUACUCCCUGGGCAAUAAAGCAACAACUCUCCCCGAGUCCGGGCUAAAGGAUAACCCGACUCUCUAGUCAUGAGAGGAAACGAGAGGAAGAGAGAGAGCGUACUCUGUAAAAAGCGAUCAAUCAGUCUAGUCUUCGCGUAGGAAAUAUCUAUUAAUUAAAAUUAACUCUUGACUCCGUAAAUGUAUUCCCCCUUUUUUU